AUGGUGGGCGAUGGCGGCGGUGAUAGCGACGGUGAUGGUGGUGGUGGCCGUGGUGAUAGUGAUAGUAGGUGUGGUGUGGAGAUGAGAGUGGUGCUAGUGAAACCAAAUCAGAAGGAAGAAGGGAGAGUGAAGGAACUUAAAGAUGAGGUGAGAGGGAUGCUUAGUGAUGCAAGAACUGAACCUUUGAAAGAAACAUUGAUCCUUAUCGAUUCACUCCAACGCCUUGGCUUGUCAUAUGAUUUUGAGAAUGAGAUUGAGCAGGCACUCCAAUCAAUUUACAGCACUCAAAUCAACUAUGGUGGUGGUGGUGGUGGUGGUGGUGGUGGUGGUGGUGGUGAUCUCUAUAUGUUUGCUCUCUGUUUCAGACUUUUUAGGCAACAAGGCUAUCUGUUAAGAAACUUUUGGAGCAGCAGGAGAGAAGCAUGGCCGAUGAUGGUGCCAGAGGGAUCGACGGUGGCGAAGGUGUUUGGGUCGAGAGCGUUCGAGUGGUACAGAUACGAUCUCACUCUGUUGGAGGCCAAGACAAGAAACGACGACGAUGAGAACGUGUUCGCGAGUCUUAUGAAGGAAUCGAGUGCUGCUCGGCUCAACUCGUAUGCCAGAAAGGGCGUUCCUGACGCGCUCACUAAGCUAUCAUGUUUCUUAUGUGUGUUUUUUUUUUAUCUCCAACUAGAUUCAUUUAAAAAGUUCACAGAUGAGAAAUGUGAGUUCAAGUCAGUGCUGAAAGAAAAUGCAAGAGCUUUGCUAUGCUUAUAUGAGGCAUCACAUUUAAGGGUUCAAGAGGAAGAUAUAUUGGAAAAAGCAUUGAAAUUUACAAGCAAGCACUUGAGGUCUAUGUUAACCCACCUAACCUCUCCUCUCUCUGAGCAAGUUACGCACUCUCUAGAAGUACCUCUCCACAAAGGAAUGCCCAUAUUAGAGGCCAGGCACUACAUCAAUGUCUACCAAGCUGAUUUAGAAAGAAAUUCUGUUUUGUUGGAGCUAGCAAAGCUGGAUUUCAAUCUUUUACAAAGGUUGCACCAGAGAGAAAUAAGUGACAUCACAAGGUGGUGGAAAGAGAGAGAGAUUGCAACAAAGUUACCUUUCGCAAGGGAUAGAUUGGUGGAGUGCUACUUCUGGAUAUUAGGGGUUUAUUUUGAACCCAAGUACUCUGUUGUUAGAAGCUUUAUGACUAAACUAAUAGCAUUAGCUUCUGUCAUAGAUGACAUUUAUGAUGUGUAUGGUACCCCUGAAGAACUUCAAUUAUUUACAGAUGCAAUAGAAAGGUGGGAAGAAGCAGCUAUCAGUGAUUUACCUGAAUACAUGCAAGUUUGCUUCGAGGCACUCUCAGAUGUCAUGAAGGAAAUGGAGGACAAGAUAAUGACCCACGAGGGGAGAUCCUACCACAUAUACUAUGCAAAAGAAGCAAUGAAAGGUCUAGUUAGAGCCUACUUUGUGGAAGCAAACUGGUUUAACACCAAGUAUAUGCCUACAUUUGAGGAGUACUUGAGCAUUUCUAUGAUGAGCAGUGGUUAUCCUAUGCUGGCUGUUCAAUCCCUUGUUGGCAUUGGAAAGAUUGCAACCAAGGAAGCCUUUGAUUGGGUGCUUAAUGUUCCCAAAAUUGUGAAGUCUUGUGCACUAAUUGCUAGGCUGGUUGAUGACAACCAAACUCAUAAGGUUGAGCAAGAGAGAGGGGAUGUACCUUCGGGUGUGCAAUGCUACAUGAGGGAACACGGUUUGUCCGAGGAAGAAGCAUGUGGGAAAAUAAGAGAAAUGGUGGACAUUGCUGGGAAAGACAUCAAUGAAGAACUCCAAAAUCCUAAUAGGCUCUUCCCUCUGCCUCUACUAUUACCAACUCUUAAUCUCUCACGGAUGAUAGAAGUCAUUUAUGGACAUGGUGAUGGUUACACUAAUUACCAAAGAUAUCAUCAUCUCAGUGCUUGUUAAUCCCAUCUCCGUGUAAUAGUUUUCUUUAUGUAUCGAAAUAAGACUAAAAAUAAAUAAGGCAUUUCAUCUAAUAAUAGUCAAAUUUCGUUUUCAAAUGUGAGUCUCAUCAUCAAUGGUUGAAUGAUGACUACACUCAAGGAUUGUUUGAGAUAACCUAAAUAAGUGUAUUUUUGUCUUUUUAUGAAAAGAUGUGCAGAAAAGUAGAGGGGUGAUGUGAUGAAAAAAAG